AUGCGGCCUCGUCUUGCUCUUCCUUCAGUGUCGACACUACACAAGAACUUGUCGAUCCCCGUGUGCUGUAAGAUCCGAUUGCUUCCCAAGCUGGAGGACACCAUCAAGCUCGCUCUCGUCCUCCAGAACGCCGGCUGUCAAGUGCUGGCGGUGCACGGCCGAACACGGGAGAGCAACAGCAGAGGCCCGGCCGACUGGGCCGCCAUCCGACAAAUCAAAGAGGCGCUCUCGAUACCGGUCGUGGCCAAUGGCGGCGUCGAUGAACUGGAGGACGUGGAGCGCUGCCUCAACGAAACGAAAGCCGACGCGGUAAUGGUGGCGUAUCCGGCGCUGCUUAAUCCUCGCUUCUUCGGCGGCGGUGAGAAGGCCGACGGGGUGGAGCUCCUGCACGAGUACCUGUCCUACGUAGAACGCUACCCGGCCCAAUCCAAGACCAUCAAAUCGCACGCACGCAAGCUGCUCAAGCCAAUGUGGGGCAAACACAAGGACCUGCGGGAGCAGCUGGAGGCGUGGGACGAGCGGGACCAGGCCAUCGCCUCGGUGGUCCUGCGAAUAGCGCAGGAGCUCAAGUACCGCAUUGACAACGGGAUCGAGGUCGACCUCAAGCCACCAGAGGCCGAGCUCGAAGAAGGCGACGGCUACGCGCUCUUUGGACCUCAGGCCGACGACGACUACUAA